AUGGCCACAGAAGGACUCAUCAAUAUUCUUGAACGAACGGUUACUGGCUCACAAGCUGAUUUGGAGAACGCACGAAAUUUUCUUGCUAAAGCAGCUGAACAAAAUUUAUCGGAACUUUUAAAACAACUGUCCGAUAUUUUAAUUACCGCCACAAAUAAUCCAACAGCACGUGCACAAGCAGCAUUACAACUUAAAAAUGCUCUGUAUUCACGAGAAGAUACAUUAAAACAACAUUAUCAAGAACGAUGGCUUAAUAUACCAGAAAAUAUUAGAAAUCAUAUAAAAACAAAUUGUUUUAAUGCUCUCGGUACUGAAACAACAAAACCAUCACAAGCUGCACAAUGUGUUGGUUAUAUAGCUUGUGCUGAAUUACCACGUGGUCAAUGGCAAGAUUUAAUAAAACGCCUGGUUGACAAUGUUACUACAGUGGGCAGAGCCGAUAAUGUACGGGAAGCGAGCUUGGAAGCACUCGGUUACAUAUGUCAAGAUAUUGAUUCGAAUGUUCUUGAACCUCAAAGUAAUCUUAUAUUAACUGCACUUAUAUAUGGUAUGCGUAAAGAAGAAACAAAUGAUAAUGUACGACUUGCUGCCAUAACAGCUUUAUUAAAUUCAUUAGAAUUUACAAAAAAUAAUUUUCAAAAUGAUAGUGAAAGACAUUAUAUAAUGCAAGUUGUUUGUGAAGCUACACAAUCAGCAAAUUUAAAAAUUCAAGUAGCAGCUUUACAAAAUCUUGUCAAAAUUCUUACAUUAUAUUAUGAUUAUAUGGAAUAUUAUAUGGGACCAGCAUUAUUUGCUAUUACAAUGGAUGCAAUGAAAUCUUCUCAUGAUGAAAUAGCUUUACAAGGUAUUGAAUUUUGGUCAAAUGUAUGUGAUGAAGAAUAUGAAUUACAAUUAUUACAACAAGAAGCACAAGAACAAAAUCGUCAACCUGAACGAACAAGUCGUUAUUAUGCACGUGGUGCUUUACAAUAUUUAGUACCAGUUUUACUUCAAAGAUUAACUAUGCAAGAAGAAACAGAUGAUGAUGAUGAUUGGAAUCCAUGUAAAUCAGCUGGUGUUUGUCUUAUGUUAUUAGCAAAUUGUGCUGAAAAUGCUAUAAUUCAAUAUGUAUUUCCAUUUGUUAGUACAAAUAUAAAACAUACUGAUUGGAGACAUCGUGAAGCAGCUGUUAUGGCAUUUGGUUCAAUGUUAGAAGGACCUGAUGUUGCAAGUAUUAAACCCAUAGCUGAACAAGCUAUACCAUUUUUACUUGAAUUAUUACGUGAUCCAAAUAUUGCUGUACGUGAUACAACAGCAUGGACAAUAGGACGUAUAUUUGAAUUUGUUUCACAAGCUGUUAUGAAUGAAGAUUUACUUCGAGCUAUUGGUAGUACACUUGUUAAUGGUUUAAAUGAUGUACCACGUGUUGCAACAAAUAUUUGUUGGUCAUUUUCAAGUUUAGCACGAGCAGCAUAUGAUCAUGCUGAAUGUUCAGAAGAUGAUGAAACACCAAAUACAUAUUUAUUAUCACCAUUCUUUGAUGAAAUUGUUAAAAAACUUAUUGAAACAACGGAUAGACCUGAUGGUAAUCAAUCAAAUUUACGUAAUGCAGCUUAUGAAGCAUUAAUGGAAAUGAUUCGACAUAGUCCAAAAGAUUGUUAUGUUACUGUUCAAAAAACAACAGUAACUGUACUUGAUCGUCUUAAUCGUGUAAUAUCUGUUGAAAGUCAUACAUCAAAUCCAAAUGAUAGAGUACAAAUAAGUGAUCUUCAAUCAUUACUUUGUGCAACACUUCAAAGUGUACUUCGAAAAAUGCAUCCUAAUGAUGCACCACUAAUAUCAGAUCCAAUAAUGCAAGCUUUAUUACAAAUGCUUAAAACAAGUAGUGGUAAAGCAAGUGUUGUACAAGAAGAUGCACUUGUUGCUAUUGGUACUCUUGUUGAAGUAUUGGGAAUGAACUUUAUUAAAUAUAUUGAUCAUGUUCUUCCAUUUAUAUAUGAAGCAUUAAAUAAUCAUUCGGAAUAUCAAAUAUGUGCAGCUGCUGUUGGUGUUGUUGGAGAUUUAAGUCGUUCAUUACUUGAUAAAUUAGCGCCAUAUUGCGAUCAAAUAAUGACACAUUUACUUACUUGUCUUGGUAAUGAUAAAUUACAUCGUUCAGUAAAACCACAAAUAUUAAGUACAUUUGGUGAUAUAGCUUUAGCUAUAGGUGGACAUUUUAAAAAAUAUCUUGAACAUGUAUUAAAUACACUUAAUCAAGCAUGUCGUGCACAAGUAUCAAAAAAUGAUUAUGAUAUGAUUGAUUAUUUAAAUGAAUUACGUGAAGGUUGUUUAUCAGCCUAUACUGGUAUAAUUCAAGGUUUACGUAAUUCAGCAACAACAAAUACAACUGCACUUGCUGAAUUACAAUUAGUUACAGCUCAAUUACCAUUUAUAGUACAAUUUCUUGAAACAAUAGCACGUGAUCCAAAUAAAUCAGAUUCAAUAAUAGGUGCUGCUAUUGGUUUAAUUGGUGAUUUAGUUACAUCAUAUGGUCAUGUUAUGUUACAAUUUGUUGAACGUGAAUCAUUUGAAAAAUUAUUAGCAGAAGGUAAACGAUCAAAAAUAACGAAGACAAAAACAUUGGCUAAUUGGGCAAUUAAAGAAAUAAGAAAAUUAAAAAAUAAUUAA